AUGGCUCAAUUAGCUGGGGAAGAUGAUAUUGAAUCACUGCGAAUAGAGUUAGCUGAACUUGGAAGAAGCCUUCGACAUUCAUUUCAACACCACGCGUCGAAGAGGAAUUCGGUGAGCAACAUCUCUAAUGAUGAUGGUGAUAAUGCUUCUAUAGCUGAGGAUGAUGAGCUUAAUUUACAGUGGGCAGCAAUUGAGAGAUUACCCACUAAUCAGAGAUUGAGGUUGUCCUUGUUUGAUGAUUCUUCUAAUGGAGAAAGAGAAAGUAAUGGAGAUGGCAAAGGGAAACGGGUCGUUGAUGUUACAAAGCUUAGAGCAAUAGAUCGACAUGCAAUCAUAGAUAAGCUCAUCAAACACAUUGAGAAUGAUAACUUACGGUUGUUGCAGAAACUUAGAAAUAGAAUUGACAAAGUUGGAGUGAAAGUGCCAACAGUCGAGGUGAGAUAUAAAAAUUUGUCUGUCGAAGCAAAGUGUGAGGUAGUUCAUGGCAAGCCUCUCCCUACCUUAUGGAACACUCUCAGAAGCAAGCUUUUUGCCUUUUCCAAGCUACCAGGUUUCAAGUCUAGGGUAGCAAAGAUUAGCAUCCUCAAAGAUGUCAAUGGCAUAAUAAAACCCGGGAGGAUGACUCUAUUGCUUGGUCCUCCAGGCUGUGGGAAAACCACCUUGUUAUUGACCCUUUCAGGAAAGCUAGAUCAGUCUCUCAAGGUCACAGGGGAAAUCUCUUACAAUGGUUACAAACUGGAAGAGUUUGUUCCUCAGAAAACAUCAGCAUAUAUAAGCCAACAUGACCUUCACAUUCCUGAGAUGACUGUGAGGGAAAUAUUUGAUUACUCUGCAUGUUUUCAAGGUGUUGGAAGCCGAGCAGAUAUUAUGAUGGAGGUUAGCAAAAGGGAGAAACAAGAAGGAAUUCUUCCAGAUCCAGAUGUUGAUACUUACAUGAAGGCAAUUUCUGUUGAAGGGACAGGAAAAAGCCUCCAAACAGACUACACUUUAAAGAUUCUUGGACUUAAUUUUUGUGCCGAUUCAAUGGUUGGAGAUGCAAUGAGAAGAGGUAUCUCAGGUGGUCAAAAGAAGAGAUUAACAACAGGGGAGAUGAUUGUUGGUCCGACAAAAGCUCUUUUUAUGGAUGAAAUAUCAACUGGCUUAGACAGUUCUACUACCUUUCAGAUUGUUUCUUGUCUUCAACAUUUGGUGCAUCUCACAGAUGCUACAACAAUUAUUUCACUUCUACAGCCAGCACCAGAGACCUAUGAUCUCUUUGAUGACAUUGUCUUGAUGGCUGAAGGAAAAAUUGUCUACCAUGGUCCUCGUGAUCAUAUCCUUGAAUUCUUUGAGACCUGUGGAUUUAGAUGCCCGGAAAGAAAAGGAGCUGCUGAUUUCCUUCAAGAGGUUGUCUCUAAGAACGAUCAAGCACAAUACUGGUACUCCAAAGAAAAACCAUAUAGCUAUGUUUCAGUGGAUGAAUUUUCUAGAAAAUUCAGGGAGUCCAAUAUUGGUCAUAAGCUAUAUGAAGAGCUUUCAGAGCCAUAUGAUAAAUCUCAGAGCCAUGAAGAUGCUAUAUCCUUCAAUAUGUACUCUCUAAGUAAAUGGGAGCUCUUCAAAGCUUGCAUGAGCAGAGAAUUUCUGCUCAUGAGACGAAAUUCUUUCGUAUAUGUAUUCAAAUCUGUUCAGCUUAUCAUUAUUGCAUCCAUCACAAUGACUAUUUUUAUUCGGACUCGAAUGGGUGUUGAUUUGCAGCAUGCUAACUACUAUAUGGGUUCUCUAUUUUAUGGGCUUAUGGCAAUGAUUGCUGACGGAUACCCUGAGUUAUCUAUGACAGUGUCAAGACUCUCUGUUUUCUACAAACAGAGAGAGUCUUGCUUUUACCCAGCUUGGGCUUAUGCAAUUCCAGCAGUUAUUCUGAAAAUUCCACUUUCAGUGAUGGGGUCCUUGAUUUGGACUGCUCUUACUUACUAUGUCAUUGGUUACAGUCCUGAGUUCACAAGGUUCCUACUCCAGUUCAUUCUACAUUUUGCUGUGCAUCUAAUGUCAAUAUCCAUGUUCCGGUUCAUUGCCUCUCUUGCUCAAAAUACUGUGGCAGCUAUGACUGCUGGUGCAUUGACUUGGUUGUGCCUCCUUUUAUUUAGUGGCUUUGUUAUCCCACAACCAUAUAUGCCAGUUUGGUUGAAGUGGGCAUUUUGGGUUUCUCCAUUGUCAUAUGGGGAAAUAGGCCUAUCAAUAAAUGAAUUUCUUGCUCCUCGUUGGCAAAUGGUGAGCUUCAAACCACCUAACUUUAUGUCAACAAACAGUACUCUAGGACAACAAAUACUAGAAAAUCGUGGUCUUAACUUUCCAAGCUACUAUUACUGGAUGUCAUUUGGCAUCUUAUUUGGAUUUGCAAUACUUUUUAAUAUUGGAUUCAUAUUGACCUUAACCUUUUCAAAGCCUCCUGGGAAAUCUCGUGCUAUUAUUUCAUAUGAAAAGCUUUCCCAAAUACAAGGAAGGGAUGAUUCUGUCAAAAUUAAUGCAGAGAAUAAAUCCAAUCUUCUGAUGUCUCCAAUUUCAUUCAUGAAUGCUGCUACUGAUUCCACAGGAAAGAUGGUCCUACCUUUUGAACCCUUAACAAUUGCAUUUCAAGAUCUUCAGUACUACAUUGACACUCCUUUGGAAAUGAAAGAGCAAGGUUUCACAAAAAAUAGGCUACAACUUCUUCAUGAUAUUACUGGUUCAUUUAGGCCAGGCAUUCUUACAGCAUUGAUGGGUGUCAGUGGAGCUGGUAAAACAACUCUUAUGGAUGUUCUUUCAGGAAGAAAAACAGGCGGGUAUAUUGAAGGGACAAUAAUGAUUGGUGGGUAUCCAAAGGUUCAAAUUACUUUUGCAAGGAUAUCAGGCUAUUGUGAGCAGAAUGAUAUACAUUCUCCUCAAAUCACUGUCCACGAAUCAGUGAUAUAUUCUGCUUGGUUGCGGCUUUCACCUGAAAUUGAUGAAAAUGCAAAAGCUGAAUUCGUAAAUGAAGUUCUUGAGACUAUUGAGCUUGAUGGAAUUAAAGAUUCUUUGGUAGGCAUUCCUGGUGUUAAUGGUUUGUCUACUGAGCAACGUAAACGUCUCACGAUAGCUGUGGAGCUUGUUGCCAAUCCAUCUAUUAUCUUCCUGGAUGAACCCACAUCAGGUUUGGAUGCUAGAGCAGCUGCCAUAGUUAUGCGGGCAGUAAGAAAUGUGGUUGAUACAGGACGGACUGUUGUUUGCACCAUCCACCAACCAAGUAUUGACAUAUUUGAAGCAUUUGAUGAGUUGGUUCUUAUGAAAACUGGAGGACGGAUAAUUUAUGCUGGACCAUUGGGCCAACAUUCAAGUAGGGUUAUUAAAUAUUUCGAGAGUAUUUCCGGGGUGCCAAAGAUUAAAGAUAAAUACAAUCCAGCAACAUGGAUGUUAGAGGUCUCAUCUGCAUCUGCAGAGACAGAAGUUGGUGUAGAUUUUGCCCAACUUUAUAAGGAGUCUACUUUAUAUGAGGACAACAAGGAGCUUGUAAAGAAAUUGAGUACUCCACCUCCUGGUUCAAAGGAUUUGAAUUUUCAAACCCGUUUUCCGCAAAAUGGUUGGGGACAAUUCAAAGUGUGCUUGUGGAAACAAAACUUGUCCUACUGGAGAAGUCCUAAUUAUAAUUUAAGGCGAUUCGCACUUACAUUUAUUGCGUCUCUGCUAUUUGGAGCUUUGUUUUGGAAGCAGGGGCAGAAUAUAAAUACUGAGCAGGACUUGUUCAAUAUACUUGGUGGGAUGUACGUUGCUGUGCUUAUGAUAGGCAUAAACAAUUGCACAUCAGUCUUACCAUUUGUAUCAAUGGAGCGGACGGUCUUAUACAGGGAAAGAGCAGCUGGAAUGUAUUCUCCAUGGGCCUAUUCAUUUGCACAGGUGGUAAUUGAGCUUCCCUAUAUAUUCUCUCAAGUUUGUAUGUAUGUGAUCAUUACAUAUCCCAUGAUUGGAUACUACCCAUCAGCUUAUAAGAUCUUCUGGUACUUCUAUACCAUGUUCUGUGUGCUGCUCUGCUUCAAUUACCUUGGGAUGCUUCUUGUAGCUGUGACACCAAGCAUUCAUGUUGCUACCAUAAUGGCCUCUGCCUGCAACACAUUGCUGAACCUUCUUGCUGGGUUCUUGAUACCCAGACCGCAAAUUCCGGCUUGGUGGAUUUGGUUGUAUUAUUUGAUCCCAACAUCCUGGGCAUUGGAUGGUCUCCUCACUUCACAAUAUGGAGAUCUGCAAACAGAGAUAAUGGCGCUUGGUGAAACCCAACCAGUAUCUACAUUCGUUACUAAUUACUUUGGAUUUAGCUAUAACCAUUUGAAUGUAGUGGCUGUUGUUCUUAUUGCCUACCCAGUUGCCUUUGCAUCUGUUUUUGCUUACUGUAUAGGAAAACUAAAUUUCCAGAAGAGAUAACUGUUGUAGAACACUUAAAAAGGAAUGCAAUCAAGUAGCUGAAGCCAUUGCAAUUGAA